AUGCGAAUCCCCUACACGGGCCCCUUGCCAGCUCCAAAUAUAAUUCCACGCAACGCUAAUACCAUCAACGGCGCCAUCGCUGCGCUCUCGAAGUUCCUUACUGCCCCACCAUCCCCCUCGCUGCAAGAUGGAGCUGCGGACCCGGCCUCGACGGUGAUAUUGUCAGGAGCUGGCAUCUCUGUCGCUUCAGGACUGGCAGAUUACAGAGGUACGAAUGGAACAUAUAGGGUGAACAAGACAUAUCGUCCCAUAUACUAUCACGAGUUCCUGGCAAACCACGAGGCGAGAAAGAGAUAUUGGGCUCGAAGUUUCCUAGGUUGGACGAAUCUACACAAGGCCAGACCAAAUCCUGCACAUUACGCCGUUAAGCAUCUUGGAGAACUAGGGCUUGUACGGAGUGUUGUCACACAGAAUGUCGACUCCUUCCAUUCAACUGCGCAUCCAGAACUUCCAACACUAGAGCUACAUGGCUAUCUGCGGGCCUUGACUUGUGUCACUUGUCACAAUGACCUGCCUCGAGAAGCUUUCCAAGAAGCUCUAGCAAGACUGAAUCCUGCUUGGGCAGCCUUUCUGUUAGAAGCCAUUGCAUCGGGUGCAAUGGAUACUGAGAAUCCGGACGAGAGAAGGGCAAAGGGUAUGAAAACCAAUCCGGAUGGAGAUGUUGAUUUGCCCGGAGCACCAUAUACAACCUUUCGAUAUCCAGCAUGUCCACAUUGUCUGGCGAAUCCACCAAUUGCUGGGGACGGGACGCAGACAAUUGUUGAAGUUGACGAGGAAGGCGCUUGGAAGUCAACAAGUACUGCUGGAAUUCUAAAGCCUGCCGUAGUCAUGUUUGGAGAGAGCAUAGCUACCCGAGUCAAGGAAGCUGCGGAACAGGCAAUUGAUGGAUCAGGAAGACUUCUAAUCAUGGGAACUUCCUUGGCGACGUAUUCUGCAUGGAGACUUGCAAAACGAGCCAAUGAAAGGGGUAUGCCCAUUGGAAUAUUGAAUCUUGGUGGAGUGAGAGGAGAAGAUGCAUUCUUUCAGAAGUUGCCUAUGGGCCAGUCUGGAGAAUCUGGCGUUCGUAUCGAGUUGCCAACAGAUAAAGUCCUGCCGGGACUUGUUGAACAACUGAAGCGUACUGGCUUGGCUCACUCCAAGCCCCAAAGAUCGGACGAUGUCCACCAAGAGCACUCUAACAGCAGGGUGUUCAAAGAUAUGCUAUCUUAG